AUGUGCUAUCUCCCAAAUACACAUUGGACGUGGUCCUUUGCGAUCGUCACACUCGUCCAAACAGUCGUAACACUCAGCCUUGAAAGUUACAUCUUCGCAAAUUUCCAAAUCCAAGAAAUCCCAAACACUAGUCCCGCUUCGAAAACUAUCCCUACGUUCCUCGCCCUAUACGGUUUCGGUUUCCUCUACGAACUUGUGCUGGUGUAUGAUGCUCUGCGCAUGAAAAAUACAAUUCAAGUCAUCGGACUGUGUCUCUGCAAUGUUGGUCUCCUGAUUUACGGCGCUGUUCAAGUGAAACAAAUUCGAGAGGCUGUCUCUACCUUGGCCUUGAUGAAUAUGAUCAGUCCGAUUGUCUGGGCUCAGUCCGAGCCGUUCCUAAUCAUCAUUCCAUGCAUUGUGGCAUUGGGGACAUUAUUGAUCACUUUCGUGGCCUAUAAACUCUACGACGAGUUUGCAUGGACAAUCUACAAGCAUAUCAGUGCCGAUCUGCAAAUGAAGCGUCGUUACCUUACCUAUCAGAUCUAUAUCGCUCUCUUGAAAUUCGAUUUCUUUUUCUUCCUGGGCUUUACGGUGCAGUUCCUCGUCUUGGUCUCCUCGGCCAGCAUGGAUGCUGAAUUUGCGCUUACUGUGGCUGCCAUCCCCGUGACCAUUCUCAUUUUGGUCUGUGGCGCCUGGUUCGUGCGCCGAGAAACCAUGGUUGGCAUGAUCAUUAUCAUUCUCCUCUUAUUCGCCGCGAUGGGAUAUUUCUGCUUCAAGCUGUUCCGGAUGUACUCCGCGCUGACUUACUUCAAAUACCUACCCGCUCGACCAUCGAUGACCUUCUUCGCCAUCAUCACCAUCAUCUUGAUUGUGAUCACUAUCGUUAACGCCUGCCUGUGCGCCCACAACUUCAACCGCGGUUUGAAGCCCCACAUCAACAAGAAGAAGAACAAGGAAGCAGAAAAGACAACCGAGCUCUCUUCAAACCUUACCCAAGUACCAUCACGGAUGAUGAUUGAUUAA